AUGAGCCGCCGCGUGAAUCGGCGAUUGCAGCGGCAGCAAGAAGAGCUGGCGCAACUGCAGCAGCUCUCGGCGCCGGGCAACACGGAACAGGUACCGCCUGACGCUGUGCCGCCGGCUGAUGAUGACGACAAGGACGAGGAAGCUGCGCCUGUCACGACGAUAGCCACAGGCUUUGCAUCGUUGGCCCUGGAUGAGACGCCAGACGAUGCGGAUGAUGUCCCCUCGGCCGCCCCAGAAACCAGUAUACCAUCGCAGAGUAAGUCGAAGAAAAAGAAAAAGAAGGCGAAGGCUAGCGUGACGAAGGAUGUGAAUGCCAUGUCGCUCGAGGAAAUGGAUGCGCUCCUUGCUAGCGAGACUACGCAACGGCCAGCGUCGUCGACAGAUGCACAAACUCCAUCGACACACGCCAAGACGCCAUGGACGACGCUGCGUAGUGUGCUUGCCCUGGAAGCAACGCAGCUCGAUCCAGCGCAGGAACUUCGGCGUCAAUUCGGUGCGGCUGCGAUCAAAGCGUACGAGCGUGAGAAGAACCAAGCCCCAACGCGCGCAGGUGGGCGGAAUCGUGGCGCGCACCUCAACUCCAAUAUGCGCGCUCGGACCGUGCUGAGCACACCGAAACCUACCUGGCCGGAUCUCGGACGCUCGUUUGUUGGUUUGUCGAUGACGACGCGCGAUACGCCCCAGGGCCGCAUAUGCAGCUGGGAGCACAGCCGCGCAUACAAGCAAGCGCAGUUUCAGUUUGCGCAGGCUGUGCGUUCGUACGAUACGCAAGCGCUCUACGCGCUGCUGCGUGUGUUCCCAUGGCACGUUGAUACACUACUGCAGCUGUCGGAUGUAUCGCGAUACCAAGGCGACUUGGGCCAGGCAGCGGACUUUGUGGACCGCGCAUUGUUUGCAAUGGAACGUUCGGCGGCGUCGACGUUUGUCACGUCGCUCACGUCGAGCCAUGGCCCGCCUCUGAGCACGUUUGCCCGUGCAGAGAACCGCGCGUUUUGGCUCGCGGCGCACCGCAAUAUUGACUUGUUUGGGCGGCGUGGGACGUGGCGUACCUCGCUGGAAUGGUGCAAGUUGGUACUGAGCCUGGAUGUCAACGAUCCUCAUGGCAUGCUGCUAUGGAUGGAUUUCCUAGCGAUCAAAAGCAAGCAAGGUGCCUGGCUCUUAUCGCUCAUCGAUGCACUGGAUGCACACCUAGCGACGCAGCAGGAUCGUAUGGCGGUCGACAACGUGCGCGCUUGUACACCGCUGGAUCACGAGCGUACGAUGGCGCGCGAGACAGGGCAUGGCACGCUGGAUUGGUGUGCUGGACUGCAGUAUGCCCGUGCCUUGGCACUGCGUGCUCAGAACGAGACAGAGGCCAGUGAUGCGGCCCUACGCCUGGCCAUUGCGCGGCAUCCACGCACGGCGAUCUUGCUGGCUGAUAAGCUGGAUGUGAGUAUGCCGCCUGACGUAGUUCGUGCUUUCCCGAUGCAGGGGAUGUAUGCUGCCUCGACGCCGGCGCUGGACGAACUGCUGGCGCACUUGUACGUCCAUCGUUCCCUGAGUCUGUGGAAAGAAGCGAGCCAUACGACGUGGUUCCGAUCCAUCGCCCAGGCUGUGCUUCCAGCGCUCGUCGGUGCUACGUACACGCUCGGCACCGCGGAGGCGACGACGUGCCUGGGCGUGUACCGCCACGUCCUCGUGGCCGACCUGCCUGCGGCGCUGCAUCAACAGCUUGUGCGGUACUUACCGCCUCACGUCCGCAGUCCGCCUGGUGGCCUCGAUACGUUUGAUCCGCUGCCGCCGGCCGACGGCACACGCUACGAUGAAGCGUACUAUGGUGCGCUUAUGGAGCAGGCUACGUCGCAGUCAAAUGCGCAUGCACGGCUCUGGGCUCUGUUCCAGCAGAUGCAGCAGCAGGCGGAUCCGCAGCAGAUUGAACAAGUGCUUGAACAUGUGGACGACGAAACACGCGAUGCCUUGCUUCAAGUCGUCGGCGCCAUGCCAGGGCCUGCGGUGGGGGAAGCGGCACUUGCCGACACGGAUGCGACGCCGGCGACCAUAGACGAUGCAACGCCGGCCGAGGAGGAGGAAGAGGAAGAUGCGACGGCUACGGACGAGCCCAGCAUGCUACGCCGUGCGUGGAAUGCAUUGUGGGGUACAUAG